AGCCUACCAAACAGUUACCGAGCGUGAUUUUCUCGCAGGAAAAGAAGAGAGAAAGAAGAACCUGAAGACACUCCCAAGAAAUGAUUGCCAUUUCAACGGUAAAUGUCCGUUUCGUCUUGUUGUUGCUUUUAAGUUGGUCAUCAAUCAGUUCGGCCGAUGCCACCCUGAAUUUGGAGGACCAAUUGCAACAUUUGACCCAAAAUUACAUGCAAUUUAAAGAAAUUGUUGAAACUAAAUUCGAAACUAAAUUUCAUCAACUUGAAGCCAAAGUUUCUCAGCAGCAGAACCAAAUGGUCCGUCAGCUCGAAAUUAAAAAUCGGCAACUGGAAGAAAAAGUCAUUCGGCUAGAAUCCAAAGUGCAACAACUAGAAUCGUCUUUAGAAGCUCUACAAGAAAACAGAAAAAGUGUCAAUCCGCUAACUGGAAGAAGCGCCAUCCAGAGGACGUGCAGAGAAGCCCAUCUGGCGGACCCAUCUCUCGAUUCCGGCAUGCACUGGAUCGAUCCGGACGGACAAGGCGUCGGAGAUGACCCCAUUUACGUCCAUUGCGACAUGACUACAGAUACGACAUCCGUUCCACACGACAGCGAAGGACCGAUGGACGUCGGCCACUGCGCUGAUCCUGGAUGUUAUUCAAAGGCCGUGACGUACAACGCAAGUCUCAGACAGAUGGCAGUGUUAGCAGAUUUGUCUAGCGAAUGCCAUCAGGCGAUUAAAUACGAUUGCUUCUACGCCCCUUUCGAGUUGGACGGCAUCGCAUUUUCCUGGUGGAACGACAAAAACGGAAACGACAAAUUCUUCUGGGCCGGCGCCUACACCGACGUCCACACCUGCCAGUGUGGCAUCGAUGGAAAUUGCGUCGAAUCUUUUAUGAAGUGCAACUGCGAUUCUACUGCACCGGAGCAAUUAGUCGAUAGCGGAGUCAUUAAUGAUAAGGAGAUCCUGCCCGUCACCCGAUUGAAUUUCGGCCGAACUGGGCAAGAAUAUUCUUCCGGUGUUCACACACUGGGUCGAUUCGAAUGCACCGGACAAGUGGCCGUCACUGGAAUGCCGACGUCGUGCGAAGAUCUUUGGAGGAUCGGCCACACCCUGAGCGGAUUCUAUUCCGUUAAAGGAGUCAAAAUGGUCGAAAGUCUUUACUGCGAUUUUUCAAAACUACCGAACGAAGCAGGUUUCCAGAAAUGGAUCGGAUACGACGACGUCAAGUCGGCACCUGUCUACUUCUACGUCCAGCGGAAUUCUGCCUUCAACACGGCAAAUGUCUCAAUUCCUUUCCAGGUCUCCAAAUUAAACAUCGGCAACGCCAUGGAUUUGACGACAGGAAAAUUCACGGCACCUGUCCCGGGAACGUAUUUCUUCUCGUUUACUGGACACGCCCAAUUUCCUACGUCAUCAUCUUUACUUGCUUUAGGAGUAGGUCUCUAUCUGAACGGGAAUUUUAUCGGGUGGGGUUAUGUUGAAGAGUACCAAACUGUAAAUUUACAAGAAACCCCUUUGACUCUGAUAUCGACGCUCAAUUUACAAAAAGGAGAUGAAAUUUGGUUGCAGAUAACAUUAAUUUCGGAUAGCGUGAGUCUUUUGGAUGACGGAAGGAACUGCUGGACCCACUUUACGGGAUAUAUUUUGGAAGAAGAAAUGAUUUUUUAAACAUGUUGUGAGACGGAAAGUAAAUAAACUUGAAAUUA